GCUUAUGGCGUUGGCAUUACUGCCUGAGAAAUUCUUGGACAGCUAAGAAUAGGUGGAAUAGUCUCCAUAACCCAGAAAUAACUUCUAAACGAAAUAGUAGUGGCCAAUUUGAAUUCUUUAAAUAAUCAUUUCUCCAUCAAACAUGUUCGCACAGCCAAUCGGAUCGCAAUUAAUGAGAUCAAAAUGUUUAGUGUCGUUUGUAAAACGUUGCUCGUCACUGUGUACAAACGUAGAAAAUGUUGAAAAGCAUCCUCGGUUUCAAUGCGAUACAAGACUUUUGAAAGUGGGCAUUAUAGGGGUUCCUAACUCCGGAAAAAGUACAAUAAUCAAUCAGUUAAUGGAUAGAAAGGCAUGUCCAACUUCCUCAAAAGUUCACACUACUAGAUCAACAGCCAUGGGAAUAAUUACAGUCGGUGAUACACAAAUUGUAUUUCUUGAUACUCCCGGCUUAAUUAAUGAGAAUGAGAAGAAAAGGUUUAAUUUAGAAAAUAGCUUCCUUAAAGACUCAAGGCGUGCUUUACGAGAAGCAGAUAUCGUGGGAGUAAUUCAUGAUGUAUCCAAUUCCCAUUCAAGAGACAGGCUAGACAUAAAAAUUAUAAAUUUACUAGAAUCGAAUAAAGACAAACAAAGUAUCCUUAUUUUAAAUAAAAUAGAUAUUCUUAAAUCGAAACGAAAAUUGCUGGACAUUACCAGACUACUCACUGAUAACUGUGUUGAUGGGAAACCAAUUCCAGGCCACCAGCAACAUUCAACUAAACUUGACUUUGAGAAAGAAACCAAGGCGUGGCCCUAUUUUAAAGACAUUUUCAUGGUUUCAGCUCUAACAGGUGAUGGAUUACCGGAAGUUAAAAAAUACUUUGUCGAUAAAUCGAAGCCAGGCGAAUGGAUGUUUCCAGAUAAUAUCUGGACGGAUAAAAGUGCUGAGGAAAUUAUACAAAGUUCCGUUCAAGCAAAAUUAUUGGACUUUUUGCCACAGGAGAUUCCGUACUCAUUGAUAGUUGAAAUUGAGUAUUUUCAUAUAAAUGAACAAGGUGUUAUAAAUACAGUCGUAUUAGUUAAAACGCCUUCAAUACGACUGUCAAAGUUGAUAGCUGGAGGAGGAUAUGGGAAAUUAAGACAAAUUAUCCAGAGUGUUCAAGAAGACCUACAAAAUGCUUUUAAGAAUUUCGUACGGAUCAGUAUUGUAUUGGAUCCACCACCACAAAUCGCAAAAUAAAGCCCAUAAUGUCACAUAUUUAAUAUACAAGACAUGAAUUGUCUAUAACAGAUUU